AAAUAUUAAUCGUAUGGCACCUAGCGCAUACUGAUCUUCAAACUUUUUUAAAAAUUUGUGACUCCCUACUGUGCAUUCUGUAUGUGGAGAAAUGUGGAAUGAAAUUUCUUUUAAAACAUAGCAAUUAUCGGGAGCUUAGAGGUUUCCACCAUUUCAAGGAAACUCAAUAAUGACUGCACCCCACAGUCAUAUUCCAUUCUGGAAACGAGGAACGGGGUUUUAUUCUGAAUUUACAAAAGGUUGUUAUGAUGUAAACCUAAGUGCUGCGUCUCUGGUUAAUAGCGUAGUAGAAAAAGUUUUAUGCAAGUUUUUAGUCGAUGAAACGAUUGUAUUUGCUGACUAUGGAGCUGGAGAUGGUGGAACCUCCAUGCCAUUAAUUUAUUCAUGUAUAAAAAAAGUGAAAGAAACUUGCGGAAAUAAUAAAAAUGUUCAUGUCAUGUAUGAAGAUCAAUCAACAAACGAUUUUCUAUCUCUUUUUCUUGCUCUUGAUGGUUUAAUUCCUGGUUGUCAAUCAUAUGCAAAAGAUUUCUCAAAUGUUUUCUACUCUGCAACAGGUUGCAGUUUCUAUAGUCAGUGCUUUCCUCCGCAAUCUGUACAUUUUGGGUUUUCUAGUACAUCUAUGCAUUGGCUUCAACAAAAGCCAUGUAAUAUAACCAAUGGAUUGCAUCAUACUCAAAUUACACUAGAUAAUGAAAAAAAAAAGUUUAAAGAACAAGCAGCUUAUGACUGGCAACAACUUUUAGUACAGAGAGCCAAAGAGUUGAAGUCAGGUGGUUUUAUGGUCAUGGUACAAUUAUGCAUUGAUGAAAACAAUUACAGUCUCGGAAAAACCACUGUUAAAAACUCGAUGUUUGGUGUAAUGGAUAGUAUUUCAAGAGAAAUGAUUCAACUUGGCAUCAUUAGCGAGGAGGAAUACCACAACAUUACUUUUAUAAACUAUUAUCGAACUAUUGAAGAAUUCAGAGCACCUUUUGAUUUGCAAGACUCUGCAGUGUUCAAAUCAGGUUUAAAGUUAAUAUCAAUAAAAACUGUGUUAGUCAAAUGUCCAUUUCAUAAAGAAUGGAUGGAAAAGCCAACUAUUGAUAAAAAUGCAGAAUCUGCUCGAAAACAUGCCGAGAAGUUUAUAUUAACUCUACGAACUUGGAGCAACACAACCUUUUUAUCAGCAUUGUCAAAACAUCGGUCAGAAGCAGAAAGACAAGAUAUAGUGGAUAGGUUUUUCAACAUUUAUGUAAAACGUGUUUCCGAUGAUCCAGACAAUCAUGCAAUGGAUUACGUUCACGCGCAUAUUGUCAUCGAAAAGAUUUAGAUUUAAUCUAUAGUGAAGUGGUUUAAAAACGCUUUUAUUUGUUCGAUUCUUAUCGUUUACUUUUUCUGCUUUGGUUUAGCAAUAUUUAUAUACUAAAAAUGGUACAUUACGUCGAGCCGUUUUCCAGCAUUUUGUUUCUUUUAAAGUUUACCCUGAAGUCCAAAGGCAGUUGAAACUGUCAUUAGAGUAAAAUAUUAUUAUUUAUCAACAAAUAUAACAAUUAAUUUUUCUUGAAAACCACAUGCAAAAAACUGUCGUAUUCUUUAUUUAUUUUUAGCUUUUUUUUUUUCAAAAAAAGAAAUAUUUUAUAACUAAUAUUAAAAAUUCAUAUAAGUACAUAUGUAAAUAUAUAUGGAGAUAACAAAACAGU